AUGUCUAAAGGCCGUGUUUGUCUCGCCUACUCUGGAGGUACGCAUUUCUAUACACUUGCAAUUCUCGCUUGCCUCGACACCUCCACCAUCCUGAAAUGGCUCAUUCUCGAGGGCUACACCGUUGUGUGCUUCCUCGCCAAUGUCGGUCAGGAGGAGGACUGGGCCGCAGUCGAAAAGAAGGCCCUUGCACUGGGCGCCGAGCGGAUGGUCAUUGAGGAUCUGCAGCGCGAGUUCGUCGAGGAGCUCGUUUUCCGCGCCAUUCAGUGCAACGCUAUCUACGAGGACCGCUACCUCCUCGGCACCUCCCUGGCUCGCCCCGUAAUCGCACGGGCUCAGGUCCGCGUUGCCCAGCAAUACAACUGCGACUACCUCAGCCACGGCUGCACUGGCAAGGGCGUCCGCUUCGAGCUUGCCUUCAAGGCUUGCAACCCCUCGAUGAAAGUAAUCGCUCCGUGGAGGCUGCCCGAGUUCAUCCAGAAGUUCCAAGGCCGUGCCGAUCUCCUCAAGUUCGCCGCCGAGAACAACAUUCCCGUCUCCUCUAGCCCCAAGGCGCCGUGGAGCAUGGACGACAACCUAGUCCACUGCUCAUACGAGGCUGGCGUCCUUGAGGACCCCGACCACACCCCUCCCAAGGAGCUCUGGACCCGCACGGUCGAUCCCACCGAUGCUCCCGACAAGCCAUACAAUUUCACCAUCCACUUCGAGAAGGGUAUCCCCGUCAAGGUGGUGACUCCUGACGGCGAGGCCACCGACUCGGUGGAGUUGUUCAAGCUACUCAACAAGAUCGGCCACGAUAACGGUGUCGGCAGAGUCGAUAUUGUGGAAAACCGCUUCAUCGGCCUCAAGAGCAGAGGCUGCUACGACACUCCUGGCCUUACUAUUGCCCGCCUUGCUCACCUCGAUCUUGAGGGUUUGGUUAUGGACUCCAAGGUUCGCAAGCUGCGUGACCAAUUCGUGACUCUCGAGUGGUCGCACUGCCUCUACAAUGGCAUGUACUUCAGUCCCGAGCGCGAGUUCCUCGAGAAUUCGAUUAUCUUCUCCCAGAGGAACGUUAGCGGCCAGGUCCGCAUGUCGGUCUACAAGGGCGCCGCAUACGUCCUGGGCCGCUCGAGCGAUGCUAGCAACCUGUACUCACAGGAGGACGCUUCCAUGGAUUCCCUCGACACCUUCUCGCCCAUGGACACCACCGGUUUCAUCGCUAUCCAAGCCAUCCGCCUGGAGAAGUACGGCCUCCAGAAGAUCAAGGAUGGCGAGCCGCUCAGCAACCAUUGGUUGACCAAUAAUGAAUCUCCGGAAGACAGCCAAUUGGCGAUGUCAUCAUGCAGACUGACCCCUAGCCGCAAUCCAAACUUCAGCAUGAUCGGGCCACGGUGCCUUGCGGGCGCCGUCUGGCAGCGUGCUGGAGGGCACUCUAGUGUGACGCUGUUCCUACGCCAAGGCAGCCGACUAAGCAGCGUGCCGGUUCAACGUUGCUGGCGAGCAGCGUACUCUUCAGACUCUACACCUUCGCCUUCAACCGGCACCACAACUCCCAGGACCGUUGAGAUCAACGGCAAGGCGUACACGACUGAUGCGUGGUUCAAUGUUUCCUCUACCGUCCUCAAUUUGACCUCGCGAAAACUGCACCUCCAGAAAGACCACCCAGUAGCGAUCACCCGGAAGAUCGUGGAAUCUGUCUUUCCGGGACCUACCUACAAGUACUACAAUGAAUUCGACCCAGUGGUGUCAACCUACGAGAACUUUGACUCGCUCGGCUUUCCCCCGGACCACCCGGGCCGCGCUCGUUCCGACACAUACUACAUCAACAAGGACACGCUGCUACGGACACACACAAGCGCACAUGAGGCGGAGAUAUUCCGAGCCCGCGAAAGCGGCGGCUACCUGAUCAGCGCCGAUGUUUACCGCCGCGAUGAAGUCGACCGCAGCCACUACCCCGUCUUCCACCAGAUGGAGGGCGCUCGGGUGUGGGACAGGACCAAAGUCCCCAACGGUGACCUGGCUGCAGCGAUCCGCGAGGAUCUAGCCCGACUUCCAAAGCACAAUGUGCGCGUCGAAGACCCCAACCCGCCGUUCCACCCGGAACGGAACCCCCUCCAGGCCGAGCACCAUACGCCCGAAGAAGCGGCCGCCGUCGCAGCCCACCUAAAACACUCCCUCGAACUAAUGGUCAACGAGAUCUUCUCCCGCGCCAAAGCUGCCACCGCAGCCGCCGCCGGAAAACAGGCCGCGGUCCCCUCUUCCGAGCAACAACAAAGACAACAACAAGAAGAAACCGAACCCCUCCGCGUCCGCUGGGUAGAGGCCUACUUCCCCUUCACCUCGCCGUCCUGGGAACUCGAAGUCUUCUACCAAGGCGACUGGCUCGAGGUGCUGGGCUGCGGCGUGAGCAAGCAGGAGCUGCACAUCAACGCCGGGUCGCCCUCACAGAUCGGCUGGGCCUUCGGCAUCGGGCUGGAGCGCAUCGCCAUGCUGCUGUUCCAGAUCCCGGACAUUCGGCUCUUCUGGUCGCGCGACGAGCGCUUUCUGAGCCAGUUCCGCGGCGUCGAGGACGACCUUGCCAGGCUCAAGCCGUUUGUGCCGUUCAGCAAGCACCCGGCCUGCUACAAGGACGUGUCGUUCUGGCUGCGCGGCACGUCGGCGGCGGGCGGGAACGACAGGAAAGGCAUGGGCGCGGCGGACUGGCACGCCAACGACCUCAUGGAGGUCGUGCGCGAUGUGGCCGGGGACUGUGUGGAGGACAUCAGGCUCGUGGAUGAGUUCAUGCAUCCCAAGACGGGCCGGAGGAGUAUGUGCUACCGCAUCAACUACCGGAGCUUGGAGAAGACGUUGACCAAUGCCGAGACGAACGAGAUGCAUGAGCGGGUGGUGGGCGCGCUGGUGGAGAGGCUGGGGGUGGAGAUUAGGUAG